AUGCGGCGAUGGUGCGGUGUCGCAAAGAGACCACUGUUGCGGCGUAAAGCGGUGGAAAGACUCUCACCGAGGUCAUUGGUGGCACCAGAGGAGUGUCUUAUCUUCGAACGAGAGCUGCUGGAAGGAGCGAAACAGUUCUUUAGAACUCGUGAUGUGUCCCUCUUAAGGCUGUCACACAGUUUUUACCCUUUCACUGUUUUUGCACUCCAGGCGUGCGCAUUGUCCCCUUCGUCAGCGGAGAUUAUGUGGCCCUUGCUGCUGUUGGCGCUGCAUACCACAGAUACAUCUAUGCACUCAGUAGAGACAUGUCUCUUUGGCGGUACUUCUGUCAUGAGGUGCCACUGUAUGCGACUUGCUUUGGAUUUGUUCAAGACUUCCCUGUUAUCGUCUUCAUCGCCUUGCUGUACUGAGGAUUUUGCGUGCAUGCGGUUGGUGGUGUCAAUAUUGGACUCCCCACUAUCUACAAUCAAAGUGAACACUGAUGGUUAUGAUCUGACUGUGGUAGCCGAGCUGAACAACUUUAAACAUCCCAUCCCAUGUCAUAUUCUUCAACUAAUACUCUCCAAAACUGCGACUCCAUCGCUACUUUCUCGGAUAGUCUCGCGGGAGCUAGAAAAGUAUGACAGAGAAGGAGUCGGGGAGGAGUUUUUUUCAGCCUGUCUGAAUGGCCUUUUGGCUAAUGAUUGUUUCUUUUCAUUAUUCCACUUCCACGAAAUGGACACCAUUCUGACCAGUAUUAUGGACAAGAUCGGCCCCUCCUUUGAUUAUUUAUCGAUUCGUUGGACACCUAUUCUGAAUAAGGUGAGCCGUAUUUACAUGCGACAGUGUCAAGGGGAGGCUCUUUCUAGGCUGCACUUUAAACUUCUCAGGGCAAUACCUGCCUUGGAAACUAAACUUCCGCUGUCAUACCUUGUCCGAUGUAUUGGCAGCUUGGUAGAUGUAGGCAUGAUUAGGGAGGAUGCCUCCGAUGUCUGGUUAACUAUAACUGGCAUGGCAUCCAUCUCAAUUCGGCUCUACGGUAGUGUUUGGAGUAGCUUGCAUUCCAUUUGGAUUCUCCUCCUCAAAGCUGCCCUCACAUUGACACCACACUGUUUGGAUUAUGCACGACUUAUUGAGGCGUAUCACGUUUGCGCAUCACUUGGACAUCCAAUUGUGCUAGACAAGGCUGCAUUCUCACAAGUUGUUCGCUUUUUAAUAAACACUAUCCGUUUCUUGUCCCUUACAGAGAUGUCUACUGCCGUAUGUAACUUUUAUCGCUUUCUGAGAGAGCAUCCAAGCAUUAGUUUCUUGUGGGUCACGGAUAGUCUCCUUGGGGUCUUGAGUGAAAUAUGGAGGUUUUAUGGUGAGGAUGCGUCUCCUGUUGUGCAGCGCUUUAUAAAGGACUUACAAGAGGACUAUUUUCCCUCUCUGCGUUUAAGCGGCGUGCGACUUGAGGAUAACCCCGCGAUACGUCGUUUAUUGGAGGACUUUAAUGUCGUGAAGAAGUCUGAUUUUUGGUGGCGGUGCGGGUGUGGAACGGAACUUCCGGCUUCAGCAAAGCGAUGCUUGACUUGUCUGCGCAGACACAACGUUUCUUGGACGUGUGUAACGUGCGGGGCAGAGCAUGCCAGUACGGGUGUCGACAGUGUGUGUGCUUGCGGUUCAGAAAACCCGAGGACAAGUGAGGCCAAUCGAAGUGGUGUUCGGUUGUGCAGAGAUUGCAGUGAUGUCCUAACUCUUCUUGGUGACUGCGCCAAGUGCGAGAAUGCUGCCCGCCAACAAAAAGCAAAGAGGCAAUGCUCAUUCUGCGGGAAUCUGUACAGCCAGCGUGACGUCUGCUGUCCAGUUUGUUAUGCGGCGAACGAGGAUAAGAAACCGAUGCUGUGGCGAUGUGAUUCGUGCGAAGAGUACAACCAAUGGACCUGGUCAAAGUGCCAGCGGUGCCUUGGCAGACGCCGGGUGGGGUGCAUCGUCACCCCGAUGGAGCCAUGGGUGUGCGGAUGUGGCAGGCGAAACCACUCGUGUCGCACCGGCUGUGAGACUUGCUCUCGUGACCACUCUGUUGGCGCUUAUAGAUGCGAUUUGUGUGGCGGAAUAUCUACCCAACACAAGACUCUAUACUUCUCUUUACAUUCAACACCUCUGCGUUGUAUUGCAUGCCAGAACUGUAGUAAUAUUCAUCCAAGAGAUCGCAAUGUUGUUCGAUCCCCAUUUCUUCAACGACAUUGUCAUCGAUGUGGCAGCAAAUACACUUUUGCAAAUUUACCAUUUAAAGGACACUGCACGUUUUGUCAUGCCUUUCUGUGUUACAAUGAACUUUGCCCUUUUGUGUGUAACAAUUGCAAAUUCAGCUCACCACAAAUUGGUUUUCAUUGUUCCUCUUGUCAAGCACCACGGGCUGACAUUAUGAAUGAUGACGUCUUUGUCUGGAGAUGCCAUCGAGAAGUGGUUGAUUCGAUGACAUCUUCAGAUACUCAUGUAUGCGGCCAAUGGAAUUACAGUUGGUCCAAUUGCUGUACUUCAUGUGGCGAGGCGCGUGCACAGAGUAAGCAUGAGUGCAGGGCGCGUUUUUUGCCGUGGGUCUGCUCUCACUGUCGCCAUCAGAAUCUCCCUACAGAUGUUUUGCUGUGCCCACGGUGCGACAGUGGACUCCAGGAUGCACCGAGCUGUUCGAUUUGCGGUUUACCACACCUCAGUGUGAACUGUGCUUCCAACAUCAUUGUGAGAAGGUCAUGA